AGGAGCGACCCGAUUGGUGGAAGCGAAGUUCGUGCGGCCCGUACUGUCACUGAAAACCCCAGUGCAAGCGUGAGACGCCAGUAGCUUGUGGUAAACAUUAGAAACAGUGGUUGGAAGAACGGCGAUUUCAUUUAGAGUUUUUUUCGUGUUGUGCGAUCGUGUCACUGUAAAAUGGACUUACUAACGCAUAAAAUUAUAAACAUUGUCUUGGACUUCCGUUCGGUGCAUCUUCGUACGUAAUUUGAAUGUACCUGUCGUAAUUUCGUUCUUUGUUAGAUGUUUGUCGACGUAGGAUUUUCCAUUUGGAAGCAUUGUACUGCGUUGUAGCAGAAUGAUCCAUGCAAACAGAAAUAAAUUAGAGGUCUUGCACCUUGCGGCUCCCUAGACCAGUUAGGUCCCACACACAAUGCGGUCGUGGAGAAAGAAGCUGGACAAGAACAGAAGGAAACGAAGGAGCCAACAAAAGCCUGUCGUAUCACAUAGAACUUUUCAGGCGUCGGAUCGGAAUGUUUCGGGAAACGGGCCCAGUAUUGCGCUUAGAAUCAAAGAGGUGUUUCAGCCACUGAAGGUUUUCCACGCUUUCCGUAGACCGUCCAAAGGCGGGCCACCUUCAGAUCGUACUCCAAAUUUGAUGUGUCGAGACGGAUCCACGGAGCAGGAACUGCAGAAGCCUCCAGAUGCUGUCAACUGCGUAAUGUUAACAAGAGUAUUUUCUGAUGAUGAGGCACAGAUCAAUAAGAAGCUGCCAAAGGAACUGCUCCUUCGAAUAUUCUCCUAUUUGGAUGUAGUUUCAUUGUGUCGAUGUGCACAAGUUUCUAAAGCUUGGAAUGUACUGGCUCUUGAUGGCAGCAACUGGCAGAGGAUUGAUUUAUUUGACUUCCAAACAGAUGUUGAGGGGCCUGUGAUUGAAAAUAUAUCAAGGAGAUGUGGUGGGUUCUUGAGGAAGUUAAGCUUAAGAGGAUGUCAGUCAAUAGCUGACAAGUCUAUGGAAACAUUUGCUGAACAGUGCAGAAAUGUCGAAGAUCUCAAUCUGAAUAAAUGCACAAAGAUUACAGACAGCACUUGCUUUUCUUUGAGUAGAAACUGUGGAAAGCUCCAGCGCCUCGAUUUGAGUUCCUGUGCAAAUAUUACAGAUGAAUCACUCAAAAGCCUUGCUGAAGGUUGUCGCAACCUUACUCACAUAAAUAUAUCAUGGUGUGAGCAGAUUUCAGAAAAUGGUGUGGAAGCUCUGGCACGUGGAUGCCCGCACCUUCGUAGCUUUGUGUCAAAGGGCUGCCUUCUCAUGACAGACAAAGCAGUUGCAUGCCUCGCCAGUCAUUGUCGUAAUCUUGAGGUCAUCAACCUUUUUGGUUGCACGAAUCUGCAAGAUGAAGCAGUAGUGCAGUUAGCAGAAAACUGUCCCAAACUGCACUAUGUGUGUUUGUCAGGAUGUUCUCAUUUAACAGAUGCAUCUCUUGUUGUCUUGGCAACACAGUGCCCUCAACUCAGUACACUUGAAGUAUCCAGCUGUUCACAGUUCACUGAUGCUGGAUUUCAAGCCUUGGCAAGGAGCUGCCGUAUGUUGGAGAAGAUGGAUUUAGAAGAAUGUGUUCUUAUUACUGAUGCUACGCUUAUACAUCUAGCAAUGGGCUGUCCUCGUUUGGAGAAACUUAGUUUGUCUCAUUGUGAACUGAUAACAGAUGAAGGUAUUCGUCACUUGGGGACAUCUCCAUGUGCAGCAGAAAACCUCACAGUGCUGGAGCUGGACAAUUGUCCUCUAAUUACCGAUGCAUCACUGGAGCAUCUAAUUUCUUGUCAUAAUCUUCAACGAAUUGAACUUUAUGAUUGCCAAUUAAUAACACGUGCUGGUAUCCGCAGGCUUCGGAACCACCUUCCAAACAUCAAGGUUCAUGCGUACUUUGCACCUGUGACACCACCACCAUCAGCAGGUGGUUCUAGACAACGUUACUGUCGCUGUUGUGCCAUCCUGUGAGGUUCUCUUGUCGCCAUGCCUCACACUGCCUCGCCUUAUCUCAUCUCGCAUCACUGAACUUACUGGCUCCAUAUGUCCUUGCAUCUGUGUCUGCCGCUUGCACGGGGAACAGACUCCUCUGGCAUAUGUGCAGUUAGAAUGAUUUGAAGGACUGUAAGCCACUUGGAUCAGAUAGAGGGAUGAGAAUGAUUUUGUACAGUAGCACAAGGUUACACAUUGUCUCAAGAAGCAUGUGUUAUAAGCAGAUGACAUUAUUAAAUAUUUUUACACUGUAACCUGUAAUGUUCCCAAAAUUGUUGUGUAUGUUGUUUUAAGUUGAUAAAUCUAAAGACUGAUUAAUGACAUUGAAUUAGUAGAACUGUUUUGCAGGACUUAUCUGACAUAUGAAAGAUGUUUAUGAUAUUUCUGUGUUCUGUCAGCCAUUGCUAUCAGGUAGCUGCUAUUAUUUUCUAUGUGUAAAAUACACAUCUGCAAAGUUUUCUUAGGGGUGUCAGGAAUAUACCAGAUAAAAGGGAACAAGCAGAAUUUAUGAGCAACAUUAAAAAUAAAACUUUAACUAUAACCUUGGGAGCUCAGUCACUGGUUAGCAGAAAGGUCAAGUUUUUGUAACAAAGAAUUAAAGAUAGUGAUGGACUACAGUUGUGAUGUACACCCGCUUUUUAGGAAAUCCUUUGACAGUGUGAUUCUGAAUAGAAGUUUUGGUUAAGUUUUGAGAGAUUAAUGAGGCUUAUAUGUGAAAUUUUUUAAUGAAGAAUGUAAUAACAGUUGUGUAGCCAUAACACCUAGUAUGUCUGCAGUCAUAAUCGCAAGCAAAUUAACACUGAAAAAUUACUGGGCAUGGAGAACGAAGGUGAUAAUUUUAACUGAUAUUUUUAUUUCUACACUUCAGUCACAUCGUAAACCACACAUAGUAUUCAACUGCGCAUAAUUUUAAUACAUUUAAAUUUAAAAUUCUGCAUAUGUAAUUUAGUGUGGCAGUGUAUUGCUAAUAACAUUGUGUAGCUGUUUUUGUGAUCAAAUUUGUAUAGAGAUUUUACUGUAGCCAAUAGGGACAUAAUUCAAUUUCAACUAUAAGAACAGCAACUAUAUAAAAUUACUAUAAUGUUAAUUCGAUUACAUGUACUUUAGCAAGAAUAUCUGAAAUUACACACUGUUUGGGAGAAUAAUUUGUAGUGUGAGGUAUAUUUGGAACUCUGAUUUAGGGGUAUUGAUACCUGUAGCACUACUAAAUGUAGCUUUAAAAUCAAAGGAAAUUCAGAUGUUCCAUAAUUCAUAUGUCAAAAAGAGCAACUACCAAUAUGGGAACUGAUAUAAUUUCAGAAUACAAUGUUUAAUCUGUUUUCUGCACUUAAAUAUGUCUUUCAUUUUGUUUUAGUAAGUUGGAUAUGUCACUGUGUUCAGAUAUGUACUGUUUCAUUACAGAGGAGAAAUAAAGGAAACAAACACAACGAGAAAAAUAGUGAGAAUAUGGAAACUAAUAUUUUACAUGCUGUAUAUAAUUGUAAUGUGUCUUUCAAAAGAAUGACAUUGAACUGUGAAGUUGUUAAUAAGUAGACAUUCUGCACUCUGUAAUUUGAUAUAUUGCAUUUGGCAUGUAGGGUUAACAAUAUAUAUAUAUAUUUUUAGCAAAUUGUAAAAGUCCUUGUAUUUUCAGCUUAAUUGUAUCUUUAAAGUAUUCAGAACCACCUACCUCCUAUAGCAUAAAAUAAAUUUUGAGGUAUUUGUACCAAGUUCUGUAGCUGAUGUAAUUGAUAAUAAGCAGGAACUGACUGAUCAUUUAUGGUGUAUAAAUAAUAAUUUCUGUGAUAGACUUGUACUUAGACAACAGUUUAUUUCAGAGUUGUAGAUGCUGGCAUCAUCUCUUUCCUGCUAGGUGGGCAACAACAAUUAUAUUCAUGUGAAUGUUGUAUUUCUGUGUGCUUGGAACAUGUUACAUACAAUAAUGUUAACACAAAAUUGCUGUUCACUAGUGAAAGCUAUAUACUCAUUUAAACUUUAAAUUGCUAUAUACUACUUUGUUACCAAUGUCACUGGUUUUGUUUUGUGUUAUUUGGUGUAGUAAAAGGAGGGUUGGUACUAUAUCAGAGUAUUUGCUUCAUUUUUUUUCCUCAUUAUUAUAAUCUACAUGGAGUGAUAUAACAUUACCACAGUGCCACUGAAUAAUAACGUGUGUUGGCCUUCAUGUUGUAGACCUUUGCUAAUUGCAACCCCACCAAACAGAUUUGAAUUUAUUUGCUAGUAAAUGUAUUGUGUAUAUAUAACCAAAAAUAAUACUGACAGCCAGAUAUGCACAAGGAAAGGUAUGUUGUGUAUUCUCUUAUUUUAAUCAUUUGAAGAAUGGAAUAAAGUGAAACUUCUGUGGUAGUCUAAGAUAGUGAUAAUGUACUAAAAAUUUGGUGAAGUAUGUUGCUGUGCAUUGAAUUGGGAACUAUGCAUUGUAGUGAAAUGGAUGUCAUAUCUGUAUGACAAAACAAUGUUCUACUAGUUUUCCAUUUUAACAUUUACAAUUAAUAAGAGGUCAGCAUCAUAGAAUAAAGGUUUAUUUUGAUGGCCAUUUUUAAUUUUGAUAUAGUAUACACAUUCAGCAAUACUCAUUCCAUACAUACACAUGUAAACGGGUAAGGAAACUGUGUUGAGGUCAGUCUUUUGGAAAGUGCAACACGAGUUGUCAUAUAUUGUUGUUGUGGUAUUGUGAAUGUAAAAAGAAAAAUAAAUGGAUAAUGGUUGUUUAAUCCUCAAACUCAAAACUGUGAAAUCAAUCCAUAAGAUUCAAUGUUGUUGUAGCAUGAAAAUUUAUUGAAUCAUAUACAUAAUAAACAUUUUUUGCACUAAA